UUCGUCAGAGAAGUAACGUUUCUCUGUGUUCGGCAGUUCUAUCUUCAAUAAAAGGUGCGUACUGGGCAAGACAUUCAGAUACUUCAAAAAAUGGAGAUACAUGAAAUUGCUGCAAAAGGCUAUGAAAAAGUUGCCGAUGUAUAUGAGCGGGGUCGUCCUAGUUAUCCUAUUGAUGUGAUCAAUUUUCUACAUUCAAUGCAAAAAGAUGUAUCAGACAAGACUAUCGCCGAUCUAGCAGCAGGGACGGGAAAGUUUACCACAUUAUUAUCAACGAUUGGCGCAGAAAAGAUUAUAGCCAUUGAACCAGUUGAAAAUAUGAGAAAUAAAUUAUUCUUAAUCCCUAAUGUCACAGUGAUGGAAGGCACAGCUGAAAAUAUCCCUCUCGACGAUAACACUGUCGAUAUCAUCACCUGCUCACAGGCAUUUCACUGGUUUGAUGCAUCUAGAGCCCUUAAAGAAAUUCGACGAGUGUUGAAACCGAAAGGACUAUUAUUCCUUGUAUGGAAUUUAAGACAGAUCGAUAAAUGCCCGUGGUUAAAGAAAGUGGCUGCUGUGUAUGAGAAACGACUGCCAUCAACGGGCUCACCAGGAUAUAAACCUAAGGAAUGGAAAAAAGCGUUCGAAACGGAAAACGGUUUUUCCUCGUUAGAACAUCAGCAGUUUUCCAACGUUCAAUAUGGCACAAUUGACUCACAAAUAGAUCGCAUUCUAUCGAUUAGCUAUAUGGCAGCUUUACCCGACGAGGAAAAGAAACUUGUUGCAAAUGAAGUGCGCGAAUUACUCGAGAGCGCACCAGAAAUAAACGGAAAAAGUCUGUUUCCUAUACCAUACUACACCGAUGUUUACUGGUGUACAUCUUUAAAGGAGGCAUAG